AUCUUCCUUUCCCCUUAUAACGCACCUCCCUCGCCUUCACGCUUCUCACCCCACAGACAGUUUUCUGCCUAAUUUCUUUGUUCGUUUGCUUCCGAUUUCGUUCCUAAGCUCCUUCGAUGGCGCCCAGGGAGAAGGGAACCGGAGCAGGAAGAUCUGGCGGCAACGGGAUCUCAGCCUCCUGUGAGGGCGGCGGGAAGGAGAUGCACUUCCGCGGUGUUAGGAAGAGGCCAUGGGGAAGAUACGCGGCGGAGAUCAGGGAUCCGGGGAAAAAGAGCCGGGUCUGGCUUGGUACAUUUGAUACGGCUGAGGAGGCGGCUAGGGCUUAUGAUGCUGCUGCAAGGGAAUUCAGAGGAUCUAAGGCGAAGACCAAUUUUCCCUGCUCGGAGAACUACAAGAGUCCUAGCCCGAUCGUUAACGGUGGAGGAGCCGCCGGUAGUCCUAGCAGCCAGAGCAGCACGGUGGAGUCCUCUGUUCGUGAAGCUGUAUCUAUUGUGCCUCCCCUUGCAACGCCCAUCCCUCCGCUCGAGCUCAAUCUUCUUCAUCCCGGCGCAUCGCGCUUCCCUUUCCAGCACUUUCAGCCGGCCACCAUGGCUGUGGCGCAUCCUUUGUUUUUCUUAGAUCCCUUUGUCAGAUCGGAGCAGGCUGGAGCGAUGGCUGCAACGGUAACUAUUGCAGGCCAUAACGGCAACCAUUUACUCGCGCUGAAGCAGCCAAUCAUUCUCUCUGAGUUUAAUGCGCCGGUAAACUCCAGCGCGAACAGCGACUCUGAAUCAUCCUCUGUCGUCGAUCUCCAACAUUCAUUACCUCUGGUUCGGCACCACAGUUUAAAUAUUGACCUUAACCUUCCACCUCCGGAGGAGUUCGUCUGAUCGAUGGAUUUUCAACCGCGGCUAGCUAAACAACUAAACAUUUUUUUUCUCAGUUUUUUAGUCGAAAUCAGAACAGAGAACAGAUCCCCUGCUCCAAUUUCCUUCAUUAUGAUGUCUGGUUUUUAAUCUUCCCCUGCUUUCCUUGAAAAGUAGUGAAAGCCGAACUGAUCGGGCGUAGUUGUAAAUAGUUUUAACUAUUUUAAUUUUUUUUUUCUGCUGAG